CUCCUCUCUCCCUCCUUCUGUCCACACUCACAAUUCAUUACUUCCACUCAGCACACUGAGGUUUUUCCAGCCGAGCUCACAUCCAUCUGGGGCCAUGUUUUGGUUUCACCGACUGUCCCUCGGCCUCCUGCUGGUCCACCUGGCCACUGCUCACGCAGUCUUCCUGGACGGCAAGGCAGCCAGUCAGGUGCUGACCCGGCGGAGACGAGCCAACAGCUUUUUAGAGGAGGUCAAACAAGGCAACAUGGAGAGGGAGUGUGUGGAGGAGCGCUGCAGCUGGGAGGAGGCGCGAGAGAUCUUCGAAAACGCUGAGAAAACCAACGAGUUCUGGGCCAAAUAUGUCGAUGGCGACGCGUGCGAGUCGAUGCCCUGUGCACAUGGAGGACUUUGCAAAGACGGAAUUGGGAGCUACGAGUGCUACUGCCAGGCCGGGUACCAGGGCUUCAACUGUGAAAUUGUUGUUCCCGAGCUCUGUGAGAACAAAAACGGCGGCUGCGAACACUUCUGCAAAGUGGUCCGAGGAAACGUGCAGUGCUCCUGUGCUGAUGGAUAUUUCCUGGGGUCAGAUGACAAAUCCUGCGACUCCAACGUGACCUUCAAAUGUGGCGCCAUCAUCACCGAAAACAUCCGGACUGUUUUCAGGUACGAGCGGAAGAACACGACGGAGGGGAACGGCACCGAGUUGGACCUGGCAGGCCUCGACAUCAACCCAGACGAGCAGGAUAACAAUAUGGGCAACAGCAGCUACAGCUCGAUUCCACCAAAACAAAGAGUGUUUGAGGAAGCUAUCACCUCUCAAAUGGCAGGCAUGACCCGUAUUGUCAAUGGAGAGGACUGUCCACCAGGGGAAUGUCCAUGGCAGGCUCUCCUCCUGAACGAGGAGGACCGAGGGUUCUGUGGAGGAACCAUCCUGAACGAGUACAUCAUCCUGACCGCCGCCCACUGCAUGAACCAGUCACGCUACAUCUACAUCAAGCUCGGUGAGUUUGACGUGUUGGAGGAGGACGGCAAUGAAGCUGUUCACGAAGUGGAAACUAUUAUCACCCACAAUAAAUACAAGCCGGACACCUACCACAACGACAUUGCACUUAUCAAAUUGGCCACGCCCAUCAAGUUCACCAGGUUCAUCCUGCCGGCCUGCAUACCUGAGCAGGACUUUGCAGAAAAGGUCCUGAUGCGGCAGCCGGACGGGAUGGUCAGCGGUUUCGGCCGUAUCGGUGAGGGUCGGCAGCCGUCCGCCAUCUUGCAGCGCCUCACUAUCCCGUAUGUGGAUCGGUUAACCUGCUUUGAAUCCACCCAACUGCGUAUCUCCACCCGCAUGUUCUGUGCUGGCUACGAUGAGAUAGCAAAGGACGCCUGCCAAGGGGACAGCGGCGGACCGCACGUCACACGCUACCGUGGCACCUAUUUCAUCACCGGCAUUGUGAGCUGGGGUGAAGGCUGUGCGCGCAAAGGCAAAUACGGCGUCUACACCCAGGUGUCCAAGUACGUCACGUGGAUCCGAGACGGCAUUAAGAGGCUGAUGCCCAAAGCGACGAGCGGCAGCAGGAUGAAGAGGCACCUCGGGCCCAUCAAGAGAUUGGUCUUGUAGGACAGUGGGGGUCAUCUCCACUGAGACCAGCCACUCGGCGUGCCCCUCAUGUAAUCAUCGAUUUGAUACUCAAGACUGCUUCACAGGCAUAUUCAGCCACAGAAACACUUACUUGUUUUAAGACAGAAACGCUCAAAGCUGCAUUCAUUCAUCUUGAGACAGCAGAACGAGCUGAACGUUCAGCACCUCGUCAGCUUCUGCAGCAGACGUCGCUAACAUGUUAGCACACGGCCGCCUCCCGCCACACCACAGAAUCGUCAUCCUCAGAGCAGCACGAAGUGAACAAACAUUUCAAUCUCUGUAAACCACGGCAAGAUUUUAAUCAGUCACUGAGCUUUUUCGCAGAAUUUAAAGCAAAUAAAAAAAAUACAACAGCA